AUGCAUCUUUUCGUGAAGAACGUUGAUUCUUGGGAUUGAAGGCCGUGAAUGGUUACAGUGAGCGGAACUGUUAGAAAUUGGAAAACAAAAACGUGGAGUCUGGAAUAUUAAUUUUCCCUUGUCGUUGUUGGACGUUCAAGUGAUAGGUCAAAAUGACAACAGGAGCGGAUGUUCGGGAUAUCCUUGAACUGGGGGGAGGAGAAGUGGAUGCUGGACCAAUCAGCAAAAAAGAUAUAAUUAACUCUGAUAAGAAAAAAUCAAAAAAAUCUACUGAGACCCUGACAUUUAAAAGACCAGAGGGCAUGCACAGAGAAGUUUAUGCACUUCUUUAUUCUGACAAGAAAGAUGCACCUCCGUUACUACCUAGUGACACAACACAGGGCUAUCGUACAGUGAAAGCCAAGCUGGGAUGUAAAAAAGUGCGGCCAUGGAAGUGGAUGCCUUUCACAAACCCAGCGCGAAAAGACGGAGCAAUAUUUUACCAUUGGAGGCGCUUAGCUGAUGAAGGGAAGGAUUACCCAUUUGCCAGAUUUAAUAAAACAGUGCAGGUUCCAGUAUAUUCUGAACAGGAGUAUCAAAUGUAUCUUCAUGACGAUGGAUGGACUAAAGUAGAGACGGAUCACCUUUUUGACCUCUGCAAGCGCUUUGAUCAAAGGUUCAUUGUCAUUCAUGACCGCUAUGACCAUCAGCAGUUUAGGAAAAGAUCAGUUGAAGAUUUAAAGGAACGUUACUAUGCCAUUUGUGCCAAGUUAACAAAGAUUCGUGCACCAUCAGGCAGUGAUCCAAAAAUCUAUGUGUUUGAUGCAGGCCAUGAAAGACGCAGAAAGGAACAGUUGGAAAGGCUAUAUCAUCGCACUCCUGAGCAAGUGGCAGAAGAAGAGUAUCUAAUACAGGAAUUGAGAAAGAUAGAGACAAGAAAAAAAGAGAGGGAGAAGAAGGCACAAGACCUGCAAAAACUCAUUACAGCUGCUGACACCACUACAGAGAUGCGACGUGCAGAACGCAAAGCUACGAAAAAGAAACUACCCCAAAAACGAGAGACAGAAAAGCCAGCUGUUCCUGAGACAGCGGGCAUCAAAUUUCCAGACUUCAAAUCAGCAGGUGUCACACUCAGAAGCCAAAGGAUGAAACUGCCAAGCUCUGUGGGACAGAAGAAGAUUAAAGCCAUUGAACAGAUUCUAACAGAACAGGGAGUUGAUCUGAACCCGAUGCCAACUGAGGAGAUUGUGCAAAUGUUCAAUGAAUUGCGCAGUGACCUGGUUUUGGUAUAUGAGCUGAAACAGGCACAUGCCAACUGCGAGUAUGAGCAGCAGAUGCUACGGCACAGAUACGAGGCCCUCCUGAAGGCAGGUGGGGCUUCUGCAGCUGCUGGCGAGGGGCUUGGACCUGAAGGACAGAUGGGGCUCGGGCCUGAUGACUCAAAAGGAGAAGGAAAGGAGCACAUCAUUGAUGUAGUGGGAGCCCCUCUAACACCUAACUCUAGGAAACGGAGAGAAUCGGCUUCCAGCUCUUCCUCAAUUAAGAAAGCAAAGAAACUCUGAACUUAUUGAGCCAUAUUUGACGAGUGACAUGCAGCGGACUGAGCAGCAGGAUUGUUUGGAUGGGAUUGGAGUUUGGAAGCCCCCAGAAUUGACAUCAACUCGAGCCUCCUAGUUGUGGUGUAUGGAGCUCUGGGGUUUGGAAGUAAAUGUUCACUGGAGAUGCCAGUGGCUCAAAGCUACGCGGCUGUGCAGACUCAGAUCAAUAGACUUGACACGCUGUGGCCAGCCGUCCAUUGCCAGACUUCUGUUUUCCUGUCUUUUUUUAUCAUCUUUCUUGACUGGUUUGAGCCUUCAGUUCCUUUACUGUUAUUGCUAGUUGAUGUCUCCUUCUUCCCCGUUUCAACUGUAAAUGUACAUUUUUGUAUAAAUCCACACACCACAAUGCAGAUGAGCCGCUGUGCUCUCUUCAGUUUGGCCUCGGCCUCUUCAGAGCUCGGACGUUUAGCAGAAGGGGUCUGGUGAAGGGCUAUAAAAUUAGACCAGUUAGGAGGAGUGGGUGCAAAAUGAGGAAAAACCGUGUCACUGGUUUUAUUGAAGCUUAAAGGAACACAAACAAAAAAAAAAAACAGAAAAGGAACAAACUUCAUAACUACAAAGUGUACAAUUAAUUUGAAAACACUGGACAAUGGGGGUGCGUUACAAACAGGCAGUACAGUUACAGUUGAGGUUACUGUCAUGAAAGGCCGCUUUCUCUAUGAAUGAUGUAAAUUGUCACCGUCACCGUGACCGGAUGUGAAACUCCUUUGCUUUCCUUGCCUUUUUGUCACUUUCUUCAUUUAGGCUCAGACCGGGGAUCCAUUAAUCCGUGACCUGUGCAAUGGAGGGGCACUUGGGAUUGCAUGGCUGCCGUUAAAGACAGGGAGCCUCUGCUCCACAGCCCUUGCACCCACACGGAAAGGCUCUCAUUUUUAGGAUAACAACUUUGCUGUUCUUUUACUCUUUUCUACUUUUCUUUGUUUUACAGAUCAGUCACUGUAGUUAAUAUUAAUGCCAUUUUAAUUGUGAAAUAAAUGCGGAUAGCAAACAAGG